AAAAAAAGUAAAAAAAUAAAAAUUCAGCCUUGAGGGGUAUGGAACAGUGUGCCUAACAUUCUCAAACCUCAAUUUCUCUUUUUUUUUGAUCAUAGAUUUUCUCUGAUGCCAAACAACAGAUAUUCUCAGAUGUACCAGUUUGUUGAUCAAGGAGAAAUUUCAAAACCCCUAGUUGUCCAAGAUGCACUCUCUCAAGAAAUUUAUGCCCCUUUAAAUGUAGGUGGGAAGAAGGAGAGAAUCUGUGGCAUACCUCAAGCAGAAUGUCAAAGUUUGAGGAUUGUCAUCGAGGAAAGAGUUGGAUUGGCAUCUUGUAAUAAAAUGGAUUUUGCGAGAAUUUGCACAGGACAUGGAUCACCUUGUCCAAUUCCAGAUCAGACAACCACCACAUGCAAGCUCUUCAAAGUUCAUGCUGUCACUCAAUCUUCUCCUUCUACUAUACUCUCUUUCACUGAGAAAGCAUCUCAAAGUUCACAUGUUUCACGUGCAAUUGAUUCAGACGACCAGCAAUAUAAUGAAAGGGGAGCUUCUAGGGUGCUUCAGGAUGUUCAUAUAUCAACCCGAUUAAUGGAGGAUUUUCUUGAACUAGCUAAGGAAAACACAAAGAAGGAUCUGGAAACAUGCGGUGUUCUUGGUGCUUUUCUUGAAAGGGGAACUUUCUAUGUAACCACUCUGAUAAUACCUAAACAGGAAUCAACUUCAAAUUCUUGUCAGGCUAUUAGUGAGGAGGAAAUAUUUGCCAUACAAAAUGAGCGGUCCCUUUUUCCAGUGGGAUGGAUACAUACACACCCUUCUCAGAGUUGUUUCAUGUCAUCGGUAGAUCUCCAUACUCAAUACUCGUAUCAGGUGAUGGUGCCAGAGGCUUUUGCCAUUGUUGUGGCUCCAACCGAUAAUUCAAGGAGUUAUGGGAUAUUCCGAAUAUCCCAUCCCAGUGGAAUGAGUGUCCUGAAAGAAUGCCAAGAGAAAGGAUCUCAAUUUCAUUCUCACAAAGAAACAGUAAAUGGGAGCCCCAUAUAUGAACACUGCACUCAUGUCUACAAAAAUUCAAAUCUAAGGUUUGAGAUCUUUGACCUGCGCUGAAAUAUGAAAAUGUCCACAAUUAAAUGGGUGCAACCUGCAUGCCACAUAACAGAAUCUUGCUGAUAGGAACGGUGUUUCUUUUAAUAAGUGAGCAUACUACUUGUAUUUGUAUGUAAUAAUGAUGAGGGUGCUCUCAUUUUCACUUGUUAUGCGUUCAUUUAAUUUUGUUUAGAAUUAGUUAUUUUACACUAAUAUCAAAGUCUACCAGAUACAGUAAUGGGAUUCGGGGGACCAAGACCUCUCCUUCGACACCCUGAAUAUUUUUGAAGUCGCCUAUA